AUGGCCAAUAACGUUCACAUGAGCGGGCUGCUGAGCCGCCACGAUGACGAAGCCACUAGGACCUCCACCUCAGAAGGUCUGGAGGAGGGGGAGGUGGAAGGAGAAACCCUCCUGAUAGUUGAGUCUGAGGACCAGGCUUCGGUGGAUUUAUCGCACGAUCAGAGCGGGGACUCCCUGAACAGCGACGAGGGCGACGCGUCCUGGAUGGAGGAGAUGUCCUAUUACUGCGAGAAGUGCCAGAAGUGGAUUCCAGCAAGUCAGUUGAGAGAACAGCUCAGCUACCUCAAAGGAGAUAACUUCUUCAGAUUUACGUGCUCCGACUGCUCGGAAGAUGGGAAGGAGCAGUUUGAACGAUUGAGAUUGACGUGGCAACAGGUGGUCAUGCUGGCAAUGUACAAUUUGUCUCUGGAAGGAACAGGCCGUCAGGGGUACUUCAGAUGGAAAGAAGAUAUUUGUGCUUUUAUUGAGAAACACUGGACCUUCUUAUUGGGGAACAGGAAGAAGACCUCAACAUGGUGGAGUACAGUUGCUGGCUGUCUUUCUGUGGGGAGCCCCUUGUUUUUCCGCUCAGGGGCACAGGAAUUUGGAGAACCAGGGUGGUGGAAGCUGGUUCAUAACAAACCCCCAACCAUGAAACCUGAAGGAGAGAAAUUGUCUGCAUCUGCACUAAAGGCAAAAGCAGCUUCAAAGCCACCUCUCGAUCCCAUCAUUACUGUGGAGGGACUGCGGAAGCGGGUGAGCCGCAACCCAGUGGAGUCGGCCAUGGAGCUGAAGGAGAAGAGAUCGCGCACCCAGGAGGCCAAGGAUAUUCGUAGAGCCCAGAAGGAGGCAGCUGGCUUCCUGGACAGGAGUACUUCCUCCACCCCCGUGAAAUUCACCAGCCGAGGCCGCCGGCCUGAUAUCGUCCUGGAGAAGGGAGAGGUCAUUGACUUCUCCUCCUUGAGCUCUUCAGACCGCACUCCUCUGACCAGCCCUUCUCCUUCCCCAUCUCUGGACUUCUCAGCUCCUGGCACCCCAGCCUCACACUCAGCUACUCCCAGCCUUCUCUCGGAAGCAGAUCUCAUCCCAGAUGUGAUGCCACCACAGGCUCUGUUCCAUGAUGAUGAGGAGAUGGAAGGAGAUGGAGUCAUAGACCCAGGAAUAGAGUAUGUGCCCCCUCCCAGUGGGACAGCCAGUGCUGGCACUGUGAUAGCAAGCAGAAAAAAAGUGAAGACAGCUGAGCAGAUCAAGCAGGAGGUGGAGAGUGAAGAAGAAAAACCAGAAAGGAUGGAAGGGGACAGCGAAGAUCCUGACGACUCAAACGCAUCGCUGCAGGUGAGAGGGCGAGACAAGAGGAAGCCCCAGCUGGAGAAGGAUGCUAAACCCAGAACUCCAAAGCAUACCUCUGUUAGCAUCUAUGAGGAAAAGCUGCUGCUGAAGAGGCUGGAAGCCUGCCCCAAUGCCAUGAGCAUGACCCCAGAGGCCCGGAGGCUGAGGCGCAAGCUGAUAGUCAGGCAGGCCAAGCGGGAGAGAGGACUCCCACUCUUUGACCUGGACCAAGUCGUGAACGCUGCACUGCUCCUGGUCGAUGGCAUUUACGGAGCCAAAGAAGGAGGUGUCUCCAGGUCUCCAGUAGGGCAAGCAACAUACAGAACUACUAGCCAGGACUUCAGGAUCUUGGACAGAUACCAGACAAUGCUGCCUGCCAUGAAGGGAUUUCGACAGCAGACAACAAAGUUUCUGUAUCGGCUGGUAGGCUCCGAAGACCUCCUGACAGACCACAGCAUUGUCAGUCCUUACACAUCCCGGGUCCUGAAACCCUACAUCAGGCGUGAUUAUGAGACAAAGCCCCCAAAACUCAGGCUGCUGGCAGAAAUCCGAGCGUAUCCGCACAGGAACGAUCUCAACUGGAAGGCUGAGCCAGAAGCACCUAUUGAUUACUGCUACGUUCGGCCUAAUCACAUCCCCACUAUAAACUCCAUGUGCCAUGAAUUCUUCUGGCCUGGAAUUGAUUUGUCAGAGUGCCUGCAGUAUCCAGACUUCAGCGUUGUGGUCCUUUACAAGAAAGUUAUCAUUGCCUUUGGCUUCAUGGUGCCAGAUGUGAAGUACAACGAAGCUUACAUCUCUUUUCUGUUAGUUCACCCUGAGUGGAGAAGAGCUGGGAUUGCAACCUUCAUGAUUUACCACCUUAUCCAGACCUGCAUGGGCAAAGACGUAACCCUUCAUGUCUCUGCAAGCAACCCUGCUAUGCUGCUCUACCAGAAGUUUGGCUUUAAGACUGAAGAAUACAUUUUGGAUUUCUAUGACAAGUACUACCCCUUGGACAGCAAGGAGUGCAAGCACGCCUUCUUUCUCAGGCUGCGGCGCUGA